CAUCGCCCGGGCUGGGCUGGGCUAGGCUGGGCUAGGCUGGGCUUGGUGACACCAUGGCCGCGGAGGGUGAGCCGACCAAGACCAAGAGCACGGAGCAUUACAAAGCCGAGAUCCAGCGACUGUCGAAGGAGCUGUCGGAGACGACCCACGAGAAGAUCCAGGCUGCAGAAUACGGGCUGGUGGUUCUGGAGGAGAAGCAGUCGCUCAAGCAACAGUACGACGAGCUGGAGAGCGCCUACGAGACGGUCAAACACGAACUGGAGCAGCUGAAAGAGGCUUUUGGACAGGCGUAUUCCAACCACCGCAAAGUAGCUGAAGAUGGCGAGACGCGGGAGGAGACUCUGCUGCAAGAGUCGGCGUCGAAGGAAUCGUAUUACCUCAGCAAGAUCCUGGAGCUUCAGACAGAGAUGAAGCAAGCCAGGAUCCUGGUGCUCAACGCACAGUCUGAGAACGACCGGCUCAACGCCCUCUCCCUCGACCUGAAGGAGAAUAAUGAAACGCUGGAACUGCAGCGAAUACGAAUGAAGGAUGAGAUCCGUGAGUACAAAUUCCGCGAGAGCCGGCUCCUGCAGGACUACACGGAGCUGGAGGAGGAGAACAUCACCCUGCAAAAGCUGGUCUCAACCCUCAAGCAAAACCAGGUGGAAUACGAGGGUCUCAAGCACGAGAUCAAGCGGCUGGAGGAGGAGACGGUGCUGCUCAACAGCCAGCUGGAGGACGCCAUCCGGCUGAAGGAGAUCGCCGAGCACCAGCUGGAGGAGGCGCUGGAGACGCUGAAGAACGAGCGGGAGCAGAAGAACAACCUGCGCAAGGAGCUGUCGCAGUACAUCAACAUGAGCGACAGCAUGUACAACACCCACAUCAACAUCGCCGUGGACGGGCUCAAGUUCCCCGAGGACGGGGGCGGCGAGCCCAACAACGACGACAAGGUCAACGGCCACAUCCACGGCUCCCUGGUCAAACUCCAGAGCGACUACCGGCCGGCCGGCAGGAAGACCGACAACCCCGCCCUCGUCUCCGACCUCUUCAGCGAGCUCAACAUCUCGGAAAUGCAAAAGCUGAAGCAGCAGCUCAUCCAGGUGGAGCGGGAGAAGUCUCUGCUGAUGGUCAGCCUUGCGGAGUCUCAGAGCCAGCUGGAGCACACCAAGGGCGCCCUGAGCGAGCAGCACGGGACGGUCCACAGCCUGACGGAGCGCAUCAACGCCAUGAGGAGGCUCCAGGUCAACAAGGACUCGAAGGCCGAGCUGGAGAACGAGAAAGGGCGCGAGUCCGGGGAGGAAACGCACGACUACGAGGUGGACAUCAACGGGCUGGAGAUCCUGGAGUGUAAGUACAAGGUGGCCAUCACUGAGGUGAUCGACCUCAAGGCCGAGCUCAAGAGCCUGAAGGAGAAGUACAACAAGUGCGUGGAGACAUACACGGAGGAGAAGGCCAAGUACGAGGACCGGGUACAGGAGCUGGACAAGCAGGUGAGCUGCCUGGAGAAGAUGAACAAGGAGUACAACGAGAAGGUGUCUCACUUCGAGACGGAGGUCAAGUCGCUGACGGUCAUGGCCAACGAGGGCCACAACACGUUGAACACGGCGCAGGACGAGCUGGUCACCUUCAGCGAGGAGCUGGCCCAGUUGUACCACCACGUGUGCUUGUGCAACAACGAGACGCCCAACAGGGUGAUGCUUGACUACUACAGGCAGAGCAGGGUGACCCGAAGUGGCAGCCUGAAGGGUCCCGACGACCCGCGGGCCGUCCUGUCCCCCCGCCUGGCCCGCCGCGGCCUGUCCUCCCCGACCGUCGAGCCCCGCAACUCCCCGGACCACUCGCCCAGAGAGGGGGGCGGGGGCGGAGGCGGCGGUGGGGGCGGGCAGCAGAGUCCCACCAAGCCCGCCAGCGUCCCUCCCCCACCCUCCUCGCCCGUCUCCGACCCCGGCGACCUCCGCAAGGAGCCCAUGAACAUCUACAACCUGAACGCCAUCAUCCGCGACCAGAUCAAGCACCUGCAGAAGGCGGUGGACCGCUCGCUGCAGCUCUCCCGCCAGAGGGCAGCAGCCAGGGAGUUGGCCCCCAUGAUCGACAAGGACAAGGAGGUGCUGAUGGAGGAGAUCCUCAAGCUGAAGUCACUGCUCAGCACCAAGCGCGAGCAGAUCGCCACACUCCGCACUGUCCUCAAGGCCAACAAGCAGACGGCUGAGAUUGCUCUGGCGAACCUAAAGAGCAAAUAUGAAAACGAGAAAACCAUGGUGACUGAGACGAUGAUGAAGCUGCGAAACGAACUCAAGGCCCUGAAGGAGGACGCGGCGACAUUCUCAUCGUUACGCGCCAUGUUCGCCACCAGGUGUGACGAGUACGUGACGCAGCUGGACGACAUGCAGCGGCAGCUGGCGGCGGCGGAGGACGAGAAGAAGACGCUGAACUCUCUGCUGCGCAUGGCCAUCCAGCAGAAGCUGGCCCUGACGCAGCGACUGGAGGACUUGGAGUUCGACCACGAGCAGUCCCGGCGUGGCAGGACCAAGCUGGGCAAGAUCAAAGUCGGCAGCCCUAAAGUAAGUGUGGACACCGAGGCUGGCAGCAUACCUUUCCCCGCUGCCAUUGACAUUCUGACUCUGAUUAACCAGGGGUCUGAGCAGUGAGCCAAGGUCAGCCGGUCUCCAGUGGUGCUUUAAGGACAGGACCAUGCAGUGACAUGGCUAGGACAUUAUCAGUCCAGAGUAAACGAGUGUUUGAUGACAAACAACCAAAUGGAAAUAAUGCUGCAACAUUCCUCAUCAAGAGGCCUAAUUGUUCCACAUCUUCAUUUUCCAUAACCUGAUAUUUGUGCUUUUGGUUUACAUGAGUACAUUAUUUUAAUGGAACGGGUGAGAGCUUUCAGGAGGACAGUGAGGUUUAAUUUUGCUUAACCCCAAAUGCCUUUGCAGUUUGGCAAGAGUUAGUAUUAACCACUGGCGGGGGAGGAGACAACUCAUCGUACAAUAGGCAAUGACAGUCUCUGCAGACCUCAACUCUUCGAUACCCGUGUUAUCCAAAGAAAGGUCUUUGGUCAUGCACUCACAGCGGAGAUGAGCCAAACUUAGUAACAGCUGACAGAAAGCAGGCGUGCUGAGUUCACCCAUUCCCCAACUCCGACCCUUUCCUGUUUUAAGAGUGAAGAAGUGGGUAGUAACCUCAAAGGACAGGGAAGGGAGGGACCUGUUGAAAUCUCCGUGUCAAAAUGUCAUUAACGUCCAACACAUACACAGUCGCUCUCCGGAUAUCAACGCCUCCUUAACAAUCUACCUAUCUGCGAUCAAUCCAAUUAAUUUGGAUAGGAACAUGCUCCAGGCUGCAGAUUUCCCAACCACUGAUGAGGUUAGUAAAAUGGUCCUGGUUAGGACUGGAAUUAAUGUUCGACAUUCCGACCAGAUCACAUGCAGUCUAAGAUAUAGAGGCUGAGACAUCGAGUCUGGAAAUACAACCCAGCCCUGUUUGAAAAAUAUAAAUUUUAAAGUAUUAAAAACUCUUUUCAGAGGCAUGAAGCCAUAAAGAAUGAUGUAUUAACUGUAGCUGUGAGCUGCUUUGUAACACUAUUAAUCUCUCUGGCGAGUUCCGAAAAGAGUAUAAACCAUCUAUGGUCCCAGAGUGAGUUAUCAAUCUCUCAUAAACCAGCAAAGAAAAUGUAGCCCGUAACACAGUCCUCAGCACAUUUGACUCCGCGUUAAACAUUACUUGUAUACGCAGCAUCUUACAUUUUGAGUUUAUUUAUAUUUGCAAACUUGCAAAGUAUUUUUUGAUGCUCUAACUCAGUCCUUGGAGCGAGUACAGAGGUAAUUUCAGGUGGAGUUACAUCGGGAAAAUUUGAGGCGUUCUUAACAAGGUUACUAAUUAAGGGGGAUGUUAAUUUUUUUUGGUAUUGAAUCAAUUACGCAGUGAUACUGGGAGAAAGAGCUCACACGGUGAUACAAGGUGGUUAUAUGGAGAUGGUCUUGUACAGAAACCAACGAGGAGGGAAAAUAGUUAGCAGUUUCAUCAUUGUGGAAUGAAUCAGGAUUCAUUCACAACUUUGUGGGAAAUUGGAUCGUGGAUGCAGGAUCAGGGAUCAGACAUUCAAAGACAGAGGUGACAUUUCUUUGCUGGAAGGAUUAUGAGUCUUUUUGAACCAUCUGCUCCAAUGACAGGGAUUGUCAGAUGCUGAGACUGUUCAAGGCAGAGCUUGCUUGAUGUUAUACACAACGAGAAAUGAGGGAUGUGGAGAUGGUUGGAACUGAGUAGAAGGUCAACCAUGUCCUUAGAGUCAUAGAUUGAUAGAGUAUGGAAACAGGCCCUUCGGCCCAAUUUGCCUCCACCGACCCACAUGUCCCAUCUACACUAGUCCCACUUGGACCAUAUCCCUCAAAAUCAGUCCUGCCUAAUUGCUUCUUUAACAUUGCAAUAGUCCCUGCAUCUCUUGAACAACAGAGUGAGGUCAGGACACGGAACGACCUACAUUGCUCAUAAAUCCACAUAUCGCAAAAACGGCUGGAGUCCUAAGAAAGGUCCCGACCUGAAACAUCACCUAUCUAUGAGUUACCUGGAGAUGCCGCCUGAGUUGCCCCAGCACUUUGUCUUUUUUUGUAGGAAACCUUUUUCUGAUUUCUAUUCGUUCUGAUACUUUGAAUUCAUUCUCAGUGAAAGUAUUGUUCUUAUUUUGCUAAGAACUGAAUAGCAGGAGUAGAUCACAUGAUCUGA